CAGCGGCUCAGCAGGAGCAAACAAACUAGCCCGCCAGCCAGCUAGCCAAGGGGCGGCUCUGGAGGGGAAAACCGGAGAGGCGGGCCGAAGUGGAGCCGGCUCUGGCAGCCGCUGAAGGAAGGCAGGAAGGAAGGAAGGAAAGAGAAGAGGAGGGAACGAGCGCUCUCUUGGAAGAGGGAACCGCGGUGGUGGCGGCAGCAGCAGCAGCAGCAGCACCCAGAGGAAGGAGGACGGAGCAGGCGAAUUAAAAUGGCCACCAGCAGCUCCAGGGGGAGCAGCGGCGAUGGCGGGAGGAGCAGCUGGAACUGGAGCAACAGCAGCAGCAGCGAAAGCGCCGCCUUCUCGCUUCCCGGGAUUGUCCGCUCGGCCAGGCCGGGCUUUGAUUGAUGGGGGAGACGCGACGCCGGGACUUGCCAGCUGAGGGGAGCCCGACGGCGGGCGGCGGCGCUGCUGCCGCCUGAAACCCACCUCCCGCUCCUCUUCUCUCCUCUCCGUCCGGGCUGCAGCCUCACCGUAGGAAACAGGGAACGAGGGAGGCGGACGGCCGUCCCUCCUAGCCCUUGCCGGGCCCUCCCUCAGAGCCGGCGCUGUAUUCCUCACGUUAUUAUCGCCACGCUUUGUAUUUAUAUAGAUAUAAAAACUGAAUUAUAUAUAUAGCCCUUUGAGGUGGGGCCGAUCCCGGGCAAGUCUCCUCUCUUACCCCCCUCCCCCGCUGGUGGGAGCAACUGCGGAGGGACCCCCCUCCUUUCGGCUGCACCUCGGACAAAAGGGGUCUUUCAGAAACCAGCAAAGAUGAAUAUGGUGAAGAGGAUAAUGGGUCGACCCCGGCAGGAGGAAUGUAGCCCCCAGGAUAACGCUCUAGGGUUGAUGCACCUUCGUCGACUCUUCACGGAACUGUGUCAUCCACCUCGGCACAUGACCCAGAAAGAACAGGAAGAGAAGCUUUACAUGAUGCUACCGGUUUUUAAUAGGGUGUUUGGAAAUGCUCCCCCAAAUACAAUGAUAGAAAAAUUCUCAGAUCUCCUUCAGUUUACAACACAAGUGUCGCGAUUAAUGGUGACUGAAAUUCGUCGGAGAGCCUCUAAUAAGUCUACAGAGGCUGCUAGUCGUGCCAUAGUCCAGUUUCUGGAGAUCAAUCAGAGUGAAGAAGCCAGCAGAGGUUGGAUGUUGCUUACCACAAUUAACUUGUUAGCUUCAUCUGGCCAGAAAACAGUGGACUGCAUGACGACUAUGUCAGUGCCUUCCACACUUGUGAAAUGUCUCUAUCUGUUUUUUGACCUUCCACAUGUGCCUGAGGUGGCUGGAGGAGCCCAGAAUGAGCUGCCUCUAGCAGAGCGUAGAGCGCUGUUGCAAAAAGUGUUUGUACAGAUCUUAGUGAAACUGUGCAGUUUUGUGUCCCCGGCGGAAGAACUUGCUCAGAAAGAUGAUCUUCAGCUUCUAUUCAGUGCAAUAACCUCAUGGUGCCCUCCUUAUAACCUGCCUUGGAGGAAGAGUGCAGGGGAAGUCCUGAUGACCAUAUCACGUCAUGGCCUUAGCGUCAAUGUAGUCAAAUACAUUCAUGAAAAAGAAUGCCUGUCAACGUGUAUUCAAAACAUGCAACAAUCGGAUGACCUUUCUCCCUUAGAAAUAGUUGAGAUGUUUGCUGGCCUUUCUUGCUUCCUGAAAGAUUCCAGUGAUGUCUCCCAAACACUUUUAGAUGAUUUUAGGAUAUGGCAAGGAUACAGCUUCCUUUUUGAUCUCUUACUCAGGUUAGAACAAGCAAAAGAAGCAGAAUCUAAGGAUGCUUUGAAGGACUUGGUUAAUCUAAUAACUUCAUUAACAACGUAUGGUGUCAGUGAAUUAAAACCAGCCGGUGUUACUACAGGGGCACCUUUUCUGUUGCCUGGAUUUGCAGUCCCACAACCUGCAGGCAAAGGUCACAAUGUGAGGAACAUCCAAGCCUUCUCUGUGCUGCAGAACGCUUUUCUGAAGGCAAAAACCAACUACCUUGCACAAAUUAUCCUUGAUGCCAUCUUAAAUAUAUACAUUGCAGACAACGCCAACUACUUCAUCCUGGAAUCUCAACACACUUUGUCCCAGUUUGCAGAGAAAAUUUCCAAGCUUCCAGAAGUACAGGCCAAAUACUUUGAGAUGCUUGAAUUUGUUGUCUUUAGCUUGAAUUACAUACCUUGCAAAGAACUGAUUAGCGUCAGCAUCCUCUUAAAAUCCAGCACCUCUUAUCCAUGUAGCAUCAUUGCAAUGAAGACACUACUUAAGUUCACACGGCAUGACUACAUCUUUAAGGAUGUCUUCAGGGAGGUGGGACUCCUAGAGGUGAUGGUGAACCUUUUACAUAAGUAUGCUGCUCUUUUGAAAGAUCCUACACAGGCUCUGAACGAUCAAGGAGACUCUAGAAACAACAGUUCUUUUGAAGACCAAAAACAACUUGCUUUGCUGGUUAUGGAGACCUUGACAGUACUGCUUCAAGGAUCAAACACAAAUGCAGGUAUUUUCAGGGAGUUUGGGGGAGCCAGGUGCGUACAUAACAUAGUAAAAUAUCCACAAUGCAGGCAACAUGCACUGAUGAUAAUCCAGCAGUUGGUAUUAUCGCCAAGUGGUGAUGAUGACAUGGGGACUCUCUUGGGAUUAAUGCACUCUGCUCCACCUACAGAAUUGCAGUUGAAGACUGACAUAUUAAGGGCCCUCCUAUCUGUGCUGAAAGAGAGUCAUCGAACAAGAACGGUUUUCAGAAAAGUUGGUGGAUUUGUGUAUGUCACAUCAUUACUUGUGGCCAUGGAAAGAUCCUUGUGUUCUCCACCUAAGAAUGGUUGGGAGAAAGUGAACCAGAAUCAAGUAUUUGAACUGCUUCACACUGUGCUCUGCACCUUGACCUCAGCUAUGCGCUAUGAGCCAGCCAAUUCGCAUUUUUUUAGAACGGAGAUCCAGUAUGAAAAGCUGGCUGAUGCUGUGAGGUUACUUGGCUGCUUCUCGGAUUCCAGGAAAAUAAGACCUUUGAACAUCUUCCCCUCAAAUACCCAGCCAUUUCAAAGACUGUUGGAAGAUGACCUCAUAUCCAUGGAUUCUGUGUCACCCACUUUAAAGCAUUGCAGCAAACUCUUUAUUUACCUCUACAAAGUAGCUACAGACUCUUUUGACAGUCGUGCUGAACAGAUCCCUCCUUGCCUGACAAAUGAGACUUCUCUCCCCUCUCCUUGGGGCACACCAGCUUUGUCGAGGAAAAGGCAUGCAUAUCAUUGUAAUUCAGCACCUCCAGUAUUCUCUCCUAAAAAUCCUGCUGAUUUGAAACCGCACAAAGGAACUGUGCCUCUGCAGAGUUCAGAUGCUGUCAUCAUCCAUCCUGGAGCUAUGCUUUCUAUGUUGGACCUGUUAGUCUCUGUUGGGUCAGCUUCACAGCCAGAACAUGCCCUGGAUCUUCAGCUUGCAGUGGCCAACAUCUUGCAAUCGCUAGUGCAUGCCGAAAGAAAUCAGCAAGUCAUGUGUGAAGCUGGACUCCAUGCACGACUUCUCCAGAGGUGCAGUGCUGCUCUUGCUGAUGAGGACCACUCUUUGCAUCCCCCACUCCAGAGGAUGUUUGAAAGGCUGGCUUCUCAGGCAUUGGAACCAAUGGUGCUGAGGGAAUUUUUACGUUUGGGAAAUCCUCUGAACUGUGGAGCCUGGGACAAAAAACUAUUGAAGCGAUAUAGAGUACAUAAGCCAAGCUCACUCAGUUAUGAGCCUGAGUUGAGAAAUAGCAUGAUUACAUCAAUGGAAGGCCUGGGCACUGACUGUGUGUUCAGUUUACAUGAAGAUAACCACUACAGGAUAAGCAAAAGCCUUUUAAAACCAGCAGAAGGAAGCACAGUACCCCUGACAAGGGUGAAAUGUUUGGUUUCUAUGACAACCCCACAUGAUAUUAGACUUCACGGUUCAGCUGUUACUCCUGCAUUUAUUGAAUUUGACACGUCUCUUGAAGGGUUUGGCUGUCUGUUCUUACCAAGUUUGGCACCUCAUAAUGCACCUACGAACAAUGUGGUUACAACAGGUCUUAUUGAUGGCACUGUGGUCAGCGGAAUCGGAACUGGAGAGAGGCUUUUCCCACCCCCAUCUGGUUUGAGCUAUUCAAGUUGGUUUUGCAUAGAACAUUUUGGUACCGCCCCAAAUCAUCAUCCAGUGAGAUUACUUACAGUUGUAAGACGAGCAAACAGCUCUGAGCAGCACUAUGUAUGCCUUGCUAUUGUCUUUUCUGCAAAAGACCGGUCACUGAUUGUUUCAACUAAAGAAGAACUGCUCCAGAACUAUGUUGAUGACUUCAGUGAAGAAUCCUCCUGCUACGAGAUUCUCCCUUGUUGCUCUCGUUUUCGUUGUGGUGACCACAUAGUGGAAGGCCAGUGGCAUCAUAUGGUUCUGGUGAUGAGCAAAGGCAUGCUGAAAAACAGCACCGCUGCACUGUACAUUGAUGGGCAGCUGAUUAAUACCAUAAAGCUUCAUUACAUUCACAGUAGUCCCGGCGGUUCAAGUUGUACUAAUCCACCAGUAGUUAGCACUGUAUAUGCCUACAUAGGCACACCACCUGCCCAACGCCAGCUCUCAUCACUUGUUUGGCGUUUGGGACCGACUCAUUUCUUAGAAGAAGUCUUGCCUCCAUCAAGUGUUAGCACAGUUUAUGAAUUAGGACCAAACUAUGUCGGAAGCUUUCAAGCUGUAUAUUUGCCAUGUAAGGAUUCCAAACCGGAAGGAGUCAGCCCAUCUCCAGUAUCAUUGGUACCAGAGGAAAAAGUUUCUUUUGGCCUCUAUGCACUCUCUGUUUCCUCACUAACAGUGGCAAGGAUUAGAAAAGUUUACAACAAAUUGGACAGUAAGGCCAUAGCCAAGCAGUUGGCUGUAUCAUCUCAUGAGAAUGCCACUCCAGUUAAACUUCUCCACAAUUCAGGAGGACAUCUGAAUGGACCUGCACGUACCAUUGGUGCAGCUCUGAUAGGAUAUUUAGGAGUAAGAACCUUUGUCCCUAAGCCUGUUGCCACUACGUUACAGUACAUUGGGGGAGCAGCUGCUAUUCUUGGUCUGGUAGCCAUGGCAUCAGAUGUAGAGGGACUUUAUGCUGCUGUGAAGGCUCUUGUGUGUGUGGUAAAGAGCAACCCUCUGGCAAGCAAAGAAAUGGAAAGAAUCAAAGGUUAUCAGUUACUGGCAAUGCUGUUAAAGAAGAAACGAUCUCUUCUGAAUAGCCACAUUCUUCAUCUGACCUUUUCCUUGGUGGGGACUGUUGACAGUGGUCAUGAAACAUCCAUUAUUCCAAAUUCAACUGCCUUCCAGGACCUGCUUUGUGACUUCGAGGUCUGGCUGCAUGCACCCUAUGAACUUCACCUUUCAUUAUUUGAACAUUUCAUUGAACUCCUUACUGAAUCCAGUGAAGCAGCAAAGAAUGCAAAAUUGAUGAGGGAGUUCCAGCUAAUCCCAAAACUCUUGCUAACGCUUCGAGAUAUGUCUUUGUCUCAGCCAACUAUUGCUGCUAUUAGUAAUGUACUGAGCUAUUUGCUUCAGGGAUUCCCUAGCAGCAACGACUUGCUCAGGUUUGGACAAUUCAUCUCUUCUACUUUGCCUACAUUUGCAGUCUGUGAGAAAUUUGUAGUCAUGGAGAUGAACAAUGAAGAAAAGCUUGAUACUGGAACAGUGGAGGAUUUUGGAGGUCUUGUUUCUGCAAAUCUUAUUCUUCUGAGGAACAGAUUGCUGGACAUACUGCUUAAGCUUAUGUAUACAUCUAAAGAAAAAGCAAGUGUCAACUUGCAGGCUUGUGAAGAAUUGGUUCGGACCCUGGGGUUUGACUGGAUUAUGCUGUUUAUGGAAGAGCACUUGCACCCUACCACAGUAACAGCAGCCAUGAGGAUUCUGGUGGUCUUGCUGAGCAGCCCAACUAUUCUCAUCAAGUUCAAGGAAGGCCUCACUGGAGGGGGCUGGCUUGAGCAGACAGAUUCCGUAUUGACUAAUAAGAUUGGAACGGUGCUUGGUUUUAAUGUUGGCAGAAGUGCUGGCGGCAGAUCAACUGUCAGAGAAAUUAACCGGGAGGCUUGUCAUUUCCCAGGCUUUCUGGUUCUUCAGUCAUUUCUUCCAAAGCACACAAAUGUGCCUGCACUCUAUUUCCUCCUCAUGGCGCUUUUCCUGCAGCAGCCAGUCACUGAACUGCCUGAAAACCUGCAGGUCAGUGCACCUGUGAUCACCAGCCGAUGUAAUCAGGGUGGCCAGUUUGACUUAGACUCAAUUUGGACAUUCAUAUUUGGUGUUCCUGCAUCAAGUGGUACUGUGGUUGCUUCCGUUCACAACCUUUGCACAGAAGCAACAUUUUUGUUGCUGGGGAUGCUUAGAAGCAUGUUGAAUUCACCUUGGCAGUCGGAAGAAGAGGGUUCUUGGCUUCGGGAAUAUCCAGUCACCUUGAUGCAAUUCUUCCGCUACUUGUAUCACAAUGUUCCUGAUCUGGCUUCAAUGUGGAUGAGUCCAGAGUUUCUAUGUGCGCUGGCAGCUAGUGUAUUCCCUUUCAACAUCCGGCCAUACUCAGAAAUGGUUACUGAUUUGGAUGAUGAAGUUGGAUCCCCAGCAGAGGAAUUCAAAGCAUUUGCCUCUGACACAGGAAUGAACCGGAGCCAGUCAGAAUACUGCAAUGUUGGGUCCAAGACCUAUUUGACCAACCAUCCUGCUAAGAAGUUUGUGUUUGACUUCAUGCGUGUGCUGAUAAUUGACAACCUCUGCCUUACACCUGCCAGCAAGCAAACUCCUUUAAUAGACCUUCUCCUGGAGGCCUCUCCUGAGAGAUCAACAAGGGCACAACAAAAAGAAUUUCAGACCUAUAUUUUGGACAGUGUGAUGGACCACUUGCUUGCAGCUGAUGUUUUAUUGGGGGAGGAUGCAUCUCUGCCGAUUACAAGUGGAGGAAGCUAUCAGGUGCUUGUAAACAAUGUGUUCUAUUUCACUCAGCGUGUGGUGGAUAAACUUUGGCAAGGCAUGUUCAAUAAGGAAUCCAAGCUGCUUAUAGAGUUCAUAAUCCAGUUAAUUGCACAGUCAAAAAGAAGAUCUCAGGGAUUAUCACUGGAUGCCGUUUAUCACUGCCUAAACAGGACCAUCUUAUACCAGUUCUCAAGGCCACAUAAAACAGUUCCUCAGCAAGUUGCGCUCCUUGAUUCUCUAAGGACGCUUACUGUCAAUCGAACGCUGAUCCUGGGACCUGGGAAUCACGACCAAGAGUUCUUCAGCUGUCUAGCUCAUUGCUUGAUUAAUCUGCAUGCAGGGAGUAGUGUGGAUGGGUUUGGCCUGGAAGCAGAAGCCAGGAUGACUACUUGGCACGUCAUGAUCCCUUCUGAUGUCGAGCCAGAUGGAGUCUACAACCAAGAUGUUAGUGAAGGUCGCCAGCUUCUUCUAAAAGCUGUAAAUCGUGUAUGGACAGAACUGAUCUACAGCAAGAAACAGGUUUUGGAGGAGGUAUUCAAAGUAUCCCUCCCUGUCAAUGACAGGGGCCAUGUGGAUAUUGCAGCUAUAAAGCCCCUUGUUGAGGAAGCCAGUUUAAAAUGUUGGCAAAAUCACUUGGCUCACGAAAAGAAAUGCAUCAGUAGAGGAGAAGCAUUGGGUCCAACUACCCAGUCGAAGCUUUCACGGGUCAGCAGUGGCUUUGGUCUUUCCAAGCUAACUGGAUCAAGAAGAAACCGAAAAGAAAGUGGUCUUAACAAACAUAAUCUAUCCACACAGGAGAUCUCUCAGUGGAUGUUUACUCACAUAGCUGUGGUUCGAGACUUGGUGGAUAUGCAAUAUAAAGAAUAUCAAGAGCGUCAGCAAAAUGCACUGAAAUAUGUAACGGAAGAAUGGUCUCAAAUUGAAUACGAGUUGUUACGGGAGAGAGGACUGUGGGGCCCUCCCAUUGGCUCUCAUCUGGACAAGUGGAUGCUGGAGAUGACCGAAGGCCCCUGUCGAAUGAGAAAGAAGAUGGUGCGAAAUGACAUGUUUUAUACUCAGUAUCCUUACAUGCCAGAUACUGAACAUGACACAAAUAUGCUGUCUGACUUCUCAAGUAAGCCUCCUGAGACAACUGACGAUACCAUUCCUCAAAAGAAACCUGCACGCUACCGAAGAGCUAUAAGCUAUGACAGCAAAGAAUACUACAUGCGCCUGGCUUCUGGAAACCCUGCUGUCUUUCAAGAUACCAUCGAAGAGAGCUCUGAAGGGGAAACUGCUCAGCAGGAGCCAGAACAUGGUGAAGAUACUAUUGCAAGAGUUAAAGGUCUUGUUAAACCGCCACUGAAGAGAUCACGUUCGGCGCCUGAUGGUGGUGAUGAGGAGAAUCAGGAGCAGCUGCAGGAUCAAGUAGCUGAGAGCAGCUCUAUAGAUGAAGAGGAAAAAACUGAUAACACAACUUUGCUCCGACUGCUUGAGGAAGGGGAGAAGAUUCAGCAUAUGUACCGCUGUGCUCGGGUUCAAGGCCUAGACACCAGUGAGGGGCUCCUUCUGUUUGGUAAAGAACACUUUUAUGUGAUUGAUGGAUUUACCAUGACCGCCACCAGAGAAAUACGGGACAUUGAGACCCUGCCCCCAAACAUGCAUGAGCCAAUUAUACCUAGAGGAGCACGGCAGGGUCCGAGUCAACUCAAAAGGACAUGCAGUAUUUUUGCAUAUGAGGAUAUUAAGGAAGUGCAUAAAAGAAGAUACCUGUUACAGCCAAUUGCUGUUGAAGUAUUCUCUGGAGAUGGACGCAACUACCUUCUUGCUUUUCAGAAAGGAGUGAGAAAUAAAGUGUACCAAAGGUUUUUGGCUGUAGUUCCAUCUUUAACUGACAGUUCAGAAUCUGUGUCUGGACAGCGACCCAACACCAGUGUGGAACAAGGGUCUGGCUUGCUGAGCACCCUAGUGGGGGAGAAAUCUGUUACACAAAGGUGGGAGAGAGGUGAAAUCAGUAAUUUCCAGUAUCUGAUGCACUUAAACACUCUGGCUGGCCGAUCCUAUAAUGACCUCAUGCAGUAUCCUGUUUUCCCGUGGAUCCUGGCAGACUAUGAUUCAGAGGAAUUGGAUUUUACCAACCCAAAGACAUUUAGAAACUUGGCCAAACCAAUGGGGGCCCAGACUGAUGAGAGGUUAGCUCAGUAUAAGAAGCGUUACAAAGACUGGGAAGAUCCUAAUGGUGAAACUCCAGCUUAUCAUUAUGGUACCCAUUAUUCAUCAGCCAUGAUUGUGGCUUCAUAUCUUGUGCGAAUGGAGCCUUUUACACAGAUAUUUUUAAGGUUACAGGGUGGCCAUUUUGAUUUGGCGGACAGAAUGUUUCACAGUGUGCGUGAAGCCUGGUACUCUGCAUCUAAACACAACAUGGCAGAUGUCAAGGAACUCAUCCCAGAGUUCUUCUACCUCCCAGAGUUGCUACUCAAUUCCAACAACUUUGAUCUAGGUUGCAAGCAGAAUGGCACUAAACUUGGCGAUGUAAUACUUCCCCCCUGGGCUAAAGGAGAUCCCCGUGAAUUCAUCAGAGUUCAUCGAGAGGCUUUGGAAUGUGAUUUUGUGAGUUCUCACCUGCAUGAGUGGAUUGACUUAAUCUUUGGCUAUAAACAGCAGGGGCCGCCUGCAGUAGAAGCUGUAAAUGUUUUCCAUCAUCUCUUCUAUGAGGGGCAAGUGGACAUAUACAACAUAAAUGAUCCUUUAAAAGAAACAGCUACUAUAGGAUUCAUUAAUAACUUUGGGCAAAUACCAAAACAGCUGUUUAAGAAACCUCACCCACCAAAGCGAGUGAGAAGCCGAAUUAAUGGAGAAAUAAGUGGGAUUUCUAUCCCACCUGGCAUUCCCAGUGACAAGAUUUUUUUCCAUCACUUAGACAACCUCAGGCCUUCCCUUGCACCAGUAAAGGAGCUCAAGGAGCUUGUAGGACAAAUAGUAUGCACAGACAAAGGAAUUUUGGCAGUGGAACUGAAUAAAGUGCUGAUUCCACCAACGUGGAAUAAAACAUUUGCCUGGGGUUAUGCAGAUCUCAGCUGUAGACUGGGAGUCUAUGAGUCAGACAAGGCAGUGAUUGUUUAUGAAUGCUUAUCAGAAUGGGGGCAGGUUCUCUGUGCCAUCUGUCCAACUCCCAAACUGGUCAUCACUGGAGGAACCAGCACAGUUGUCUGUGUAUGGGAGAUGGGCACUUCCAAGGAAAAAGCCAGAACACUCACACUUAAGCAGGCAUUACUCGGCCAUACUGAGACAGUCACAUGCUUAACAGCCUCACUGGCCUAUCACAUCAUUGUUAGUGGAUCUCGGGACCGUACCUGCAUCAUCUGGGAUUUGAAUAAACUCUCCUUUUUAACACAGCUCCGAGGUCACAGGGCCCCCGUUUCAGCACUCUGCAUUAAUGAACUAACGGGAGACAUUGUGUCCUGUGCUGGCACUUAUAUCCACGUAUGGAGCAUUAAUGGAAACCCCAUAGUGAGUGCAAACACUUUCACUGGACGCAGUCAGCAAAUCCUGUGCUGUUGCAUGUCAGAAAUGAAUGAAUGGGAUACCCAGAAUGUAAUUGUGACGGGGCAUUCAGAUGGAGUGGUCCGAUUCUGGCGAAUGGAGUUUCUGCAGGUCCCGGAAACUCCAGCUCCCGAACCCAUUGAGACGCUUGAGAUGCAGGAAGACUGUCCGGAAACACAAAUAGGGCAGGAAGUCCAGGAUGAGGAGAGCAGUGAUUCUGAAGCGGAAGAUCAGGGUCUCAGCCAGGACUCGAAGCUGCAGGAGAGCCACAGCCAGCAGGGCAGUGCCAGCCACAGGCCUCGGUCAUCUUCAGGCCGCGCAGCUGCUGCGUGGUCAGCUGACAGCAGCUCUGAUGACUCGCGGCGCUGGUCUGACCAGCUUAGCUUGGAUGAGAAGGAUGGCUUCAUCUUUGUGAACUACUCUGAGGGGCAAACAAAGGGACAUCCCCAGGCCCAAGCCAGCCACCCACAUUCCAAUCAAGGGGAACUACGGCAUUAUAGCAAGCUCAAGCCAGGCUACAGAUGGGAGCGGCAGCUUGUAUACAGGAGCAAACUAACUAUGCACACAGCCUUUGAUCGCAAGGACAACGCACAUCCUGCAGAGAUCACAGCAUUAGGCAUCUCCAAGGAUCACAGCAGGAUUCUCGUAGGUGACAGCAGAGGCAGAGUGUUCAGCUGGUCAGUGAGUGACCAACCUGGUCGCUCUGCAGCUGACCACUGGGUGAAAGAUGAAGGAGGAGACAGUUGUUCCAGCUGCUGUGUCCGGUUCUCUCUUACUGAAAGACGUCACCAUUGCAGAAACUGUGGGCAACUCUUCUGUCAGAAGUGCAGUCGCUUCCAGUCUGAAAUCAAGCGUCUGAAAAUUUCGUCUCCGGUGCGGGUUUGCCAGAACUGUUACUACAACCUACAGCAUGAACGAGGCCCUGAGGAGGGAUCCUGGAAUUAACAAGGCAGAGAUGAACAAUGCAAACUCCAGACUUUGUACUGGAGGGCCCACAAGAACUCAGAGGAUUUAAUUAAUUACAGAAAUGUGCAGCACAUUCAGCGGGGGUUGCAGUGCUAGCCCCUGAGACUUCAUCUUUUACUGUGCACUAAAGCACUACAAGCAAAAGGGAUCAUUAAUUUUCCAUGUACAUUGUCAGAGAAGGAGCUGAAAAUAUUGAUGUGAUCAGUGAGUGUCAGGUGAGAGACUACCACAACUGCUGUAAGAACCCUCACCCAGCCUUCCCUGCUAAUGUGGCUAAGAGGAAAAUCCAUCAUUAACCAUCCCUUGUUCUGUCUUGGUUUUGUAGAGCUAGUCACCUUAUUUGUGUUGCAGGAAGGAGGUUUUUUAGAAGAUAGUUGUAAAUCUGCCUUCUUCGCAAGCAAACUGUGGAUAUUGUAAAUAGAUAUAAUGGCCUUUUUAUUGAAAUAUGAACUUAACUGCCUGUUACAUGGGACUUCAGACCAACCACUAUACUUCGUGUCUCAUCUUUAGCUCAUCCAUCUACUUAAAUAUGAAUGUGUGUUGUGUUUGUUUUUAAAAAAGCAUUGAAGCAUUAUCUGUAUUUUAUUUUUACAAUCCAGGCUGCAUAUUUGUUCUUUGGUUACUCACAUUAUCUUCACACAAUCCAUUUCUUUAGGGCAAUAGGACUUGGAACAUUUCAUACUAAGUUGUAAGAUAACAAGGACCUUCUUUUUGUUGCCUUUUUUAAAUACAGAAGCUAUUUAGCUCCUAUCUUCAUAUUUAAUGCGAUCUCUUUUUAUACAAUGUGGCCCUCAGCUUUUGCGCAUUCUUUGCCGUUUCUGGAUCAGCUGAUUCCUACAAUGUUAAAAGACAAUAGUAAAUGGCUUGCAUGAAACUCGGUAUCCCCCCUCUCCGCAUGGGGAAGAAAAUGGACCAUUGUUUUUCUCUUAGGUUUUGUCUGCAGAACAGAUUUGGGAUUCUCGCUCUUAUAACUGGAUGCUAAUACCAAUCCACUGAGGGGGUUUCUCCUGCACAGGGCAUAUUGAAAUGAAUGGGAGUUGUACAUGAACAAUUGUCCAUCUUUUAUUUCCUUCAGUGGGGCUUGCUCAGUUUCACCUGGGGAGUGUCUUUUUAGGUCACCUUUAUCAUUCAUUGGUGCAACUCUCAUUUAAGGAAGGUAUGUCAGACAUUAGUGUUUUAAGAUCUAUUGUUUGCCCUUUGGGGAUAGAGGUAACUUUUUUCCCCAGUCCUAGAGAUGCAUCUGUCGAUAGAGAUGGAGGAAUACACAGAUCAGACUCAUCCUAUGGACAUCCUGUUUGGAACAAGGCUUUAAAAAGGGGGGGUAUUUUGUUCCAGUGCAGUGUAUAUAUUUUGUAAACGGGUGACUAGAUGAAUUGGCCUUGGUGGUUAGGUCUUUUCCCAGAUUGCCCAUUUUUUAACAGUGGGAAAGGUGGAGGUCACAAGUGGGAAGUGAAAAGAAUGUGGCACAAAACUAAGAAAAAACCCAAACAUUCUGGUUUGUACCCUUUCAGUUGGGGGGAAAAAGGAUUUACAGUGGUCUGAGUACUUUGCAGACUUGCACAGAAUAAAUGGGAACCACUUAAAUUGAUUUAGUGAGUUCUAUGGACAGUCAGAAGAGCUUCCCUGGCGAGAGAGAUGUAUGCACUGAUGAGAAGAUUAACAGUAUAUAUUGAUGAUUAUCUUUUUUAACAGUGACGAUGAAUUAAAAGAAUAAGAUCAGUUUGUGGAUUUGUGUUCAGGUCUCCGAGGUAGACACUCCAUGCAAAUGUACACACUCAUUUUUGUUAAGAUUACUUCACCCAUUGGAUGGUUUUGGAUACAAGUGGCACUGGUCUAGCAGCUGCCUGCAUUGCCCGAAUAUGCACAGUAGAGUCACACUUCCCUGUUUAGAUGUUUUUUACGUUGUAGUCCUAGCCUAACAGCAUGAUCUCCAAGCCACUUUGAUUCCAGCAGACAAUUUGACCUAUUGAACUAGUCUUAAGUGUGGAUAUGUUUAAGUGGAUUAUAGGUCUUGACCUAAUACAAUUAGUUUUCAAAUUUCAAAUUUAAAUCCCUUGUUUAAAAAAAGUGUUUUAAUUCUCUGAAAGCACCUUCACUCCACUCAAUUUUCAUUUGUUAUUAAAGACUUGAUAUAAUUGGAGCUUAAAUUGAAGUCCCUUUAGCUUAUUUUUCUUCAAAUCACUCCAAGUUCCUCAAACUAAAAUUAUAAGCACUGGAUGACACUAACACCACAGAUGCAGCUGUUGCUGGGUUGUUAGAAAACAGCAGGAUGUGUAGAGAUGUUUACUGUUUUUUGUUUUUUGUGUGUAUUUAACUACAUAGGCAUAUUGUACCAGUGUUAUUCUACACUUUUUACAUUUGGCACUCUUCUCAGAUGGAAGGGAAUUUUUCUCCCGUGUGGCUGAUUGUGUUAAACUUGUGUAUAGGUGUAUUUAAAGUUCAGUGGGCUGAACUUCUCAGCUGCUUACUGGGAGAUGAAUUCUUCUAGAAGUCAUUUGCGUAUCUAGAGGGUGAACACAAGAGAUGUAUCCUGUUCACAUGAGAGGAAAAUGGGGGCUCAGUUGCACCACAAAAUGCACACUGCAUAGCCUCCAUUCAUUCCAGUGGAAAUCCAAUGCAACCUCCACUGGAGUGAAUGAAUGCAAAACACCACACAUUCUUGGUCCACUUAAGCCUCGAGAGUCUCCCAGCAGUGGCUGGUGUUGUAACCCAAACAACUUCUAACAUAAUUCCAUACACUUAUGAGUGUGUUAUGGACUAAAUAGCUGUUUUUCCAAAUAGCAAUGUGUGGUUUUGCAUCUAAUCUUUUUUUUUUCUUGAGCAGAGCAGCACACUAGCUCAUUGCACUAUCAAAUAGCUCCCAUCACUCCUCCUGCCUUGUUCCUUGAUGUGAUCUUUCUUGAAUGCAUUCAUGUGCUCUACCUUUGUUUGUAAUGUGCAACUGUAGUGUUUAUGCUUAGGAAGUGGAGAGUGGCUACCUCCACCCCUUCAUCCAUCAGUUCAAUAGCAGAAACACUUUAGAAACAUUCUUUUGCACUUUCUUGUGUAUAAAAAUCAGUAGAAACUUUUUUUGUAUCAUUUAAGACUCCUUUUUGUUUUGGUAAAUGAACUGUGUAUAAAAAUAUUUAUGCAGUUAAAACUGUUUUUAGAAAAUAUUUUUAAUUUCAGCAAGUUUGGUUACUUGUUGCAUGACUUAACACAACUGACUUUUUGUGUCAGUACAAUGUAUAUUUUUUUGUCCUGUUAUUAAUUUGUAAACCCUAGGUAAAUGGCCAUUUAUUUGUACAGCAACAGGAGUAAAUUGAAGAUAACUGGCUAUGACUGGAGGGGUGGAAUUUUGUACUAUAUUGCAGACUCCAAUAUCUGUUUUUUUGGUGGUUAUGUAAAAGGCCUGAAGAAUUACUAUCUAGUGUGCAAUCUGUGAUAUCUGAAUGUUUAUUGUAUAUUUGUCUCCAAUGCAAAAAGGUAGAGUAACACAAUUACAAUACAUGAUUAAAUGCAAUAGUUCAGGUACUUUUUUGUUUUCAUUUCAAAUAAAUACUUGCUAUUUACCACCAAA